GCCAUGCAAUCACAUAACCGCUUCAUGAAGGAUGCGUUGCCUGGAGGUGGUUUCCUCAAGCACAUGAUAUUCAGAGUCACCAUAAUGUUUAUGGCGUUAACCUCCCUGUGUUUGUUCUUGAGGCUAUGGGCAAAAUUAAGGAUUGGCAAACGGAAACUCGCUGUCGAUGACUAUUCUAUGUUGACGGCGUGGGCUGACUUUGCACCGACAGNNUUCUUCUAUAUGCUUCUCAGCUCUCUAGCUCUGAACAUUGCCCUGCUCGAGCAUCACAAUCCGGUUCUUACAUUGGCCGUGGCCGACAAAUUCUUACUAAUACUGACGCUCGGCGAGGUGAUGUUCAUGCUCUCAACCAUAUUUCUCAAAAUAUCCCUCAUGCUCUUCUAUAAGCAAUUUCUCUGGAAGGAGUGGCAGCGCCGUGCCAUUAUCAUCGCUGGAGGUUGCUCGAUAAUCCUUUCCGCAGUCGCCCUCUUCCUUUCGCUGUUCCAGUGCGGUGCUCUCAAGCACAUCGCGUAUCGACAGAUCAAUGGCAAAUGUUUAGGACGCAACAAAUAUGUUCCUUUGCUUUAUCUCCAUGGAGCUACUGGGGCUGUUACUGACUGGGCUUUUGCGCUGUUGCCGGUCUCUGUGCUCAUCAAAUCAUCACUAAAACCGCAUAUCAAACUCUCGGUCUGUAUCCUGCUUACACUGGGUGUAACCGGGAGCGUGGCUGCAUGCUUCCGGACCGCGUACGUAUAUGGUGUGUGGUUUGACCCGGCUNUUUUAGAACAGUCUGCUCACAUGAGUUUCUACGACCACUCGGCUCCCGAGAUUGUGCUGGCCCUUACGGAGCUUGGUUUUGGAAUCUCGGCGGCUAGUCUGGCUUGUUUGCAGCCACUAUUCCGACAUCUGGUGCACAAAACGCGCCACUGGAUUCAAAAGUGCUUCUCGGACGACUCAGAAAAUACUACCGGUGCAGCGAGGUCGCAUAUGGGGCUUUUACCACAAUUUGAGCUGCGAGGCAGGAAAGUUGUGGGAGCUGUUUCGAAACAGCCUCGAGCCGAAGCAUGUGAGGCACCGUCUCCAGAAUUUCCACCACACCCGGCAGUUCGUAGACAUGGUAUUGCGGAUGCGAGUGAUGGUCCCAGCAGUGCAAGGGUCAUAUCUCUGGACUGUCGCAAGUCUUCGCAAAGUGCCUUGCCCACACACGACGGCGCAAUUGAAUUGGGCAAUCGGCAAGAGCAGCGCAAACCCAUUCGACAGCGUAAACCGAGCUUGAUCGUUGGUGUCUUGCCAACUCUGCCGACUCUUGCGACAGGAACUGGUACCGAGGUAGACGAAUUUGAUCCUGGUCAAUUUGUGGCGGACACACCAAUCCAGGCGACAUUUCAGAUUGACGAUGACGACCGGGUUUCAAAAAUUGAUUCGUAG